ACUCACAGCACUAGCAGUCAAGUAUCUCCUUUACUUACUCCGGUGUUAGGUGAGAGUAGAGCCUAGUGUUACAACAGGCCUAAACUAGUGUGAGUCUAAACACCAGAGGUGCAACUAAGUUUGUGGGGAGAAUUCGCGUAAAAUUAGGUGCAAAAUGGAAGAGGAAGUGAGUCAAACAAAUACCUUUUGUGAAUUAUUAAAUACAGGGUGUUCGAGUACGGUGACGAGCCUAGAUGUAGAAAAAGGGCUAAAAAAGGCAGCCGAAGAUACUACUGGAAAAUUAUCAGAAAUAUGUACAGAACCAGGAUUGUACAGACGCCGUACUCAAAGUACAGUCAGAUUUUGCCGAAGUCCGCCAAAUAUUCGGAAACAUAUUCCCUCAGGAACAACUAAGUUAUUCUUAUCAAAUUACGAUGUAGAGUAUCACUCUAGCGACGGAAAAUGUUUUUACGCCGAAUUAUAA